AUGCCUUCCUUUCCUCUGGCGCCGUUGGUUAGGCCAAGAGAAGAUGGAUUGCAAUUGAGCUACCGGGUUUCCCACCGUGUCCACGCAGCUCAAGGCUACCCCCUCCGAGCUCCUAAUGGCUCUUCCAUCAUAAUCUACGGCUAUGAGACCGGACUUAAGGUUAUCUGGAGAGGAGGUAGACAGUUCACAGAACUGGAGCAUGCUGAACCGACUCAGGGAAAAAGCACGACGAAGAAUGGAGGCGAUUCGGUCAUGAUCAUUGACUCUGACGAGGAAGAUGCGCCUGUGGCAUCUGCGGCACCAGACGAACCCAACUACGACUUCGUCGCCGAGGAGACCGAGGUUGACCCUGCAUUCCCAUAUGAGCCAGUCCUGCGACAAAUCGAUAUUCCCUUGGGAAGCCGGGUGCUCGAACUAGCUGUCCCUCGUAUUCUCCCGGAAGAGGCCCGCUCGCCUCUCGACCCUUUCCCGCCCAUUUUGAAGAAUCACAUUGUUGUGUCAGCCGUCUGCUCUGAUCUUUCAACGCGAAUGGUAAUUCUGCCGCUCGUUCCGCCUCACCCAGCCCAGACCGAUUCCAAGACCUGGAAUAUUCAAACCCUCACUAUCAAUGGAGGUGUAACCCAUCAGGAUAUUCCUCGAGGUGUGUCUCUCACAUUCACUUGUCAGGAAAUAGAGGAAGAGCAAGAUCGCAGGAAGUCUCGAAGCCGAGUUGGAGGGUCAGGAAAAUGGGAUCUGCUCGUCGCAACACAUUCUGCUGAAGGCUCCGGCGUACUGCUCUUGCAUCGCAUUCCGAUUCAAGAGGACUCAUCUGCCAAAGCCUUGUCCUACAACCUGCUAGAGGAAGAGCUUGUUUCUCAACGACGCCUCUUGCCGUCACCUGCGCAGACAAUCGCUUUCAACCCUUCAACAUAUCCGUCUUCUCGACACUCAAACUUGUUGGUGGCAUUCCAUAGCGGAUGCGUCAAGGUUUACUCUUGCUUCUCCGUCCAAAAAGCCUCCAAAUCUGGUCGACGUGCAUCCAGCGCACAUGAGGAUUACGAAUCUAUUGAUACAGAAGGGCGCUGGCUCAUCAGUCUAUACCCCGGCUUUGAGCAGGGACCAACAGGUUUACCUCGCCGCAAGACAAUCAUUGAUGCAGAGUGGGUUUUGGGUGGCCGGGCCAUCAUGGUUCUGCUGGUGGAUGGUGAAUGGGGUGUCUGGGAUCUUGAGGGAGCUGGGCCAGGGGCCACCAAGGGUCCAUUGCACCGUCAGUCGAGUGUCCAAGGUGUUACUGGGGGCUCACUGACAGCAUAUGCUGUCAGCGGACGGAUUAUGACACCACCGAGCAACAUUCAGUCCGAGGCUGAGCAGCGUCCACGAUUCGCGCCGAUGACUCCAUCGACGAAACGGGUGCGCGAAGACACUCUUCUCAAGGGAUCAAUGACAGCGGCCAGUCCAUCACUACGUGGGCAGAUCUCUGUAUGCCAAACCAACUCUUCUCAAGAGCAGCUACCGGACGAGUCCAUCCUGGUGCGCCAUGGUCAGCAGAGUGCUGUCAUCCCCAGCUUGCUUUCGCUCUGGCGUAAUGCAGUUCGCACAACUGGCACUUUCGACUCCUCGAAUAGGUGCCGUGUGACUCCAUUCCAAGAUGUGAACUUAAUGGGUGAAAACUUCCAAGCGAUCGGCCAUCUCCCUACACCAACCCGCCGCUCGCGGGCUGCUGAACGCCACACCUUUGAUAUUCUUGUCGCUGCGGAACACCAGAUCAUGGUUCUUGCCCCGCGCUUGAGUGAAUCUGUUGAUUCUGCGCCUACCGCAGCAAAGCCGCAAGCCGUUGCAGAGAAUGAUCAAAUGAUGCUGCAACGAGGUGAGUUAGACGUGGAGGGAAUGGGACGUCUUCUGAACGGCAUGCAGAGCGGAGCUGCACCUCUUCGCAUGGGAAGCCCCGUGAAGCGGACUCGCGUCUUUACUUGA